AUGGUCCCCCACCUCCCUCUCACUGGUCCCGUGGUGGGUGCGGUGAGGUGUGGCCUCCUGCAGGGAGGGGAUAAGCAGCCAGAGCCAGAUAGAGACCGCUUCCUGCCACAGAGCAUUGUGGGAAGACAGAGGGGAGGGGGGAUGUGUCAGAUUUCUCUAGAGAGGAUGGAGCGCUCGCUGCUUCCUGUUUUGCCCUCUACGCUGGCUAAAGCUCUUCCUGUUCAGGGAAGAGGGUAUCUGAGGCCUCAGCAUGCCAGUCCCCCUCCUCCUCCUCCUCCUCCUCCUCCUCCUCCUCCCCUGGCUCCACCUCCUCCUCCGCCGCCCAGCGCUGCCCUGCCACCGUGUCCGUUAGAGCCUCUUAGGGUCCAGUCUGGUGGAGGUGGAGGAGGAGGAGGAGGAGGAGGAGGAGGAGGAAGGAAUGCCCUGUUGGCCGACAUCCAGAAAGGAGCCAGGCUCAAGAAAGUCACCCAGGUCAACGACCGCAGUGCCCCCGCUGUCGAUAAGCCCAAGGCUAGCACUGGAGAUGUAUCCAGCAGUGUUGCUGCUUCUCAGGGCUCAUCAGGAGGGAUGGCACCCAUGGGACCCCCUUUGGGUGGGCUGUUUGCUGGAGGGUUCCCCACCCUCAGGCCUAUAAGAGAAGUAGCAGGAAAGACCACUGUGUCUCGUUCGAGCUCCUCGGCCUCCGUGAAGCCCCUGUGGAACCCCACGCCAGCAGACGUCUCCGAGCCUCACAGGACGGCGGAGCUCCGAGGCUCCGUCCACCGUCCCGCCCCCUCGUCCUCCGCACCUCCCUCCCCCUCUCACGGCAGCAAGCGCCCACCUUCUUUCCCCACUUUCCCCCCGCCGCCUCCACCACCAGCCCCUCCCUCUGCUCCUCCCCCGCCUCCCCCACCACAAGCCUUCCAGGACCGGCCGCCCAACCGGCCUCCGCCUCUCCCCUCCUGCCCUCCUCCCCCCCCAUCCCAAGUCACCAAGCCCACCUGGCUGCCCAUCCAGCACUCCUACCACACCAUCGUCUCCCAGCCCUCCACGCCUCCUCCCCUGCCUCCUCCACCUUUCCAGCUCCACUCUGCUGUUCCAGGGGACCGCUCCUCCGGUUGUUUCUACCCUCUGCCCCCCUCCCCAGUCCACUCUGAACCUUCCAGGUUCCCCAUCCAGCGGGAGAGCCCACUGGGACCUCCUCCCCCACCUCCUGCUCCCCCUCUACCAGCGUCUUUUAGCCCCAGCUGCCCGUCCACCCUACCCCCUCCCCCGCCCAAGGUGCCAGCGGUGCCCUCCCCAGCCAUGCGCUCUCUGCCUCCCUCGUACCCCUGCAACGCACCGACCCGACGUCCACCUGCUGUGCCCAGAAGUGCAGGUGUGGGUCGGCUGGCUCCUCCUCCAGCUCCCCCUGCACGUUCCCCCUCUACGGAGCUGUCCAGCCGCAUUCCUCCUCCUCCACCACCUCCUCCCCUGCUUCCAUCAAGUCUCAGGAAUGGACACCUGCACAGCCUGGCAGAUGAUUUUGAAUCCAAGUUCCAGUUCCACCCCGUAGAGGACUUCCCCCCUCCCGAUGAAUUCAAGCCUUUUCCUCGGAUCUACCCGAGCAAAGAAAACAGAGUGAACCCCAAACCACCUGGGAUUAGGACACACCUCAGAUGAGUCAAGGCCUCACCCCGUCCUUCAUCCCCCC